GCAAUAACAGUCGAUUGCUACCUUUUGUUUUACCACCAGCAGCGUUCCUCUGAUUAAAAUAUGUUUUGUACGUACACUCAUGCUUAUGCUAACACAGUUUAUACAUAGUUUUUACUUUCAUUCACCUGCUAAUUUGUCUCCAGAUACAGUUUGUGUACAGCCUACACCCCCGGAAAACGGAAAGUUCGAUUGUACAGCGGAUCUGUUUUAUUUGACGUGUACUGCAACCUGUAACCAAGGCUACGUCUUUGCUGACCGACAGAGCUCGAUCGAUCACCAGUGUGACAUUUACUCCCAGCUGUGGUACACUGGUCCUGAAACCCCAGCUUGUGUCCCCAUUUGCACACGACCAUGUCUUAAUGGGGGCACGUGCACAAGGCCAGACCACUGCGAGUGUCCGGGCGGCUACUCGGGAAAUCAGUGCCAGAUCGCGGAAGACCUGUGCGGGCGUCCCAGCAGUCCCCUGUUCGGCGCAGUAAUCUGUCGCAAGGACGGGUCCGAUAUGGUGUGCACUGCCUCCUGCACCAGCGGCUACAGGUUCGAGACCCAGCCGGCAGCUGAAUACAGGUGUAGCUCUGAUGGCACGUGGACCCCGAACAAAGGACCCAUCCCGGACUGCGUGCUGGACAUCGCAGUUAUCAACAAUCCCACACCAGGGUCAUUUUUGCCAACUGGGAUGGCGUUCACAGCAAGCAUGGGGCCCAUGGCAACGAGUGCACCUGCCGUUGCCGUGGCAAUGUGCACGGUGUGGGGCCAGGAACAUUACCGCACGUUCGACAACAACGUCUACACCUUCGUCGGCUCUUGCGAAUAUGUGUUAGUCCGUGACUGCGCCUUCAACACCUUUAGCGUCAACGUCAUCAAUGACCGCCAUUGCGACGGCAGUGCCCCCUGCAAGCGCGAGCUGGACCUGUACCUGGGUUCGAGCAAGGUAUCCCUCCGCCAGUCGGCCGGCGGCCCGCAGGUCACGUGGGACGGAACACCAAUGGCGAUCCCCGGCUCUCGUAGCGGUACAGUUAUUGAGAAGAUUGGCAACUAUCUCACCGUCCAGAGCACCAGUGGCUUCAUGAUCAAGUGGGACGGCAAAGAGUCCAUCUUCUUCAGGGCGACGGGAAAUCUGAAAGGUAGAACUUGCGGACUGUGCGGUGUCUAUGAUGGAAACCCGAGCAACGACUUUACCACAGAGUCUGGCGCUGUCGUCACUUCCGCUUGCUUUGGCACAAGCUGGAAGAAGACAGAUUUAGGUGGAGUUCCUUGCCCGGACUCCACUCAAAGCCAGACAUGCGAUGCCGCCAGGAGUCAGCAAGCAACCACGCGCUGCUCUCAGAUCGUCAACGAUGCUGCUUUCAAGCCUUGCCAUGCUGCGGUAGACCCCAACAUGUUCAUGGAGGCGUGCAAGUGGGACUGCUGCGCCCAGGACAGCGGCGAGUGUACAUGCAAGUCCAUGGAAGGCGUACUCACGUGCCUGUAUGGACGCCGGCGUCAGACUGACAUGGCGGAAAGCCGACAGAUGCCCAAUCCAGUGCAUAACGGCAAAGUGUUCCAAGAAUGCGGCAGCCCUUGCAUUAAGAAUUGCCAGAACGCCAACACAGUCUGCAACGACCAAUCAUGCGUGGAUGGAUGCUUCUGCCCUCCAGGCUCUGUGGAGGACAACAACCAGUGCAUUCCUGCUGACCAGUGCCCUUGCUCCAAUAACGGUCAGCUGUACAGCAACGGAGAAGUCAUGCAAAAGGACUGUAACAACUGCACCUGUGAAGGUGGAAAAUGGUCUUGCACCAACAAGAAGUGCGAGGUCACUUGUUCCGCGACAGGUGAUCCUCACUACUUGACCUUCGAUGGCAGCCGCUUUGACUUCAUGGGCAGAUGCUCCUACUACCUCGUCUACGACAAAGACUUCGAUAUCAUCGUCGACAACAUUGACUGCGGAAACGGAGAGGCGACCUGCACAAAAUCUUUGUCCAUCAACAUCGACGGCCAAAACAUCAUGGACCACAAUCACCAGCUGUUUGUUAACGGCCGGGAAGUGACGCAAUUGCCCUACACGGAACUGCCUGGCAUCAAGAUCAGCAUGGUGUCCUCGCUCUUCAUGCAGGCCGAGCUGUCCAACGGCAUUAAGAUCCUUUGGGACGGUCGCACGCGCGCUUACGUCACAGUGCCCCCAUCGUUCCAUGGCCAGACCAAAGGUCUCUGCGGCACCUUCGACGGCAACCAGAAAAAUGACUUCCUCACCCCUGAUGGCGACGUGGUCGUCAACGAGCGAGACUUCGGCAACCGCUGGAAGACGAACGCCAAUUGCGAGAAUCUUCCCCUGCAGCCGCAGCCCAACCCUUGUGACAUCGACCCACAGCGCAAGCAGCAGGCACAGGACAUGUGCCAGAAGCUGCAGAGUGACGUCUUCAAAUCGUGCCACAGCCUGCAGGACGUACAGCCAUGGUUGGAGGACUGUCUGUAUGAUAUGUGUUCGUGUACUCAAAACUUGAAGGACUGCAUGUGCCCAAUGAUUGGAGGCUACGCUGACUCAUGUGCUCAGCUGGGUGCCAAGGUCCAGUGGCGUCUAAACAUCACAGAGUGCAUGCUGGAGUGUCCCGGGGGGCAGGAGUACCAGGUGUGCGGGAACCCAUGCGAGCGCACGUGCCGCAACAUGGCCGAGGGCGACAUCUGCCAGGCGUCAUGUGUUGAGGGCUGCAACUGCCCGGACGGCCAGACGCUGAAUGACGAUGGACAAUGUAUACCCACUGAGGAUUGUCCAUGUGUCUUCGAUGGUCGCUACUAUCCGCCAGGUUAUACCACUCUCAAAGGCAGAGACAUCUGCGUAUGCACGAAAGCUCAGUGGACUUGUUCUCCUCUGACAAUUGAGAAAAUUCCAACACACAUCGAGCCGCUGUGCCCAAACAACACCGUGUACAGCGAGUGCAUAUCCAACUGCCCCAAGACCUGUAAAAGCUUGGAUGAAGAGAGCGCCGCCUGCGAUGAGACCAACUGCAAGUCCGGCUGCCAGUGUGUAGAAGGUUUUGUGUUGGAAGGCGAGCAGUGCAUCGAAACCUCCAUGUGCCCGUGUUACUAUGGUGGCAAGGCCUACCACGAAGGUGACAUCAUAUCAAUGGACUGUAACCAAUGCAAGUGCCGGAGAAGAAAGUGGGCCUGUGAGAUCAACGACUGCCCGGCGGUUUGCAGCGCCCUCGGUGAGUCCCACUACACGACGUUCGACGGGCGUGAGUACCAGUUCCAGGGCAGCUGUGACUACGUGCUGGUGCGCUCCAGGGACGGAAGUGCCACUCCCUUCCAGGUCACCACCGAGAACGUGGCUUGCGGAACGAGUGGGGUCACGUGCUCCAAGACUGAGAUCACGGUGGGCGAGUCGGGCACGCCCACCUUCUACAGGUUGCAGCUGAUUCGCGGUCAGUCGGUCAAGCCAGAUCCCGGCUCACCUUUCACGGCACGAGAGGUGGGGGACUUCGUCUACAUCGACACGCCUUUCGGCCUAAGCAUCCAAUGGGAUAAAGGCACGCGUGUCUACGUCAGACUCAGCACGGAGCACAGGGAAGGGUCAGUGGAGGGUCUGUGCGGCAACUUCAACGGCGACCAAAAAGACGACUUCACCACCCCUCAAGGCGGGCCCGCCGUCGUAAGAUCCACUGCCUUUGGCGACAGUUGGAAGUUGCACAGCUACUGCACGCCCUCCACCGACGUGACAGACACGUGCGAGAGCGAGCCACAGCGCAAACCGUGGGCGCAGGAGAAGUGCGGCAUCAUCAAGUCCGCCAUCUUCAGUGCCUGUCACCUGGUGGAGCCUUACCAAAAGUACCUGGACCACUGUAUCUACGACACGUGUGGCUGCGACAUGGGCGGCGACUGUGAAUGUCUCUGCACGGCCAUCGCUGCCUACGCACACGUUUGCGCCAGCAAAGGGCAUGCCAUCAACUGGAGAAGCAACGAACUGUGUCCGAUCCAAUGCGAUGAUUGUGAGAUCUACAAUCCUUGUAUGAGCGCCUGUCCGAAGAAAACCUGCGACAACCUGCUUGUGUACGACCAACUGAUGAAUGAGUGUCAGAACGCCAACGGCUUGUGUUUCGAAGGCUGUGACCUCGAGCCUUGCCCACCUGGACAGGUCUACGCUAGCCUAAAGCCUCCAGUCACGUGCAUUCCGGAACCUCUGUGCGAGACUCCUUCCUGCACCAUCAACGGCAGAGUCUACCGCGAGGGCGAGCGAAUCUACGACGACACUGUAUGCAACCAUGCAUGCGAGAUCUGCAAUUGUCGCCGAGGCGUUCUCGAACACAUCAGCUUUGGCUUCUGCCAGACUCUGGUUCCGACCGCCAAGCCCACCGCCGCUCCCACCCUGGCUCCAGGACUGUCCAGUGGCACCACCCCCUCACCGACGCCUACUGGCACGCAGAUAACGCCAGUGUGCUACCAAGGGUGGACGUCAUGGAUGUCGGCCUCCGCCCCGACCUCCGCCAGCAAGGGUGACAUCGAAAAUAUGGCGACGCUGCGCCAGCGCUACGCCUUCUGCCAGGAGGAGGCCAUGGAGGCCAUCGAGUGCCGCGUUGUGGGUGAGCCCACGUCCUCCGUGUACUCGGGCCAGGUGACCGCGUGCAACCUGCAGAGUGGCUUCACGUGCUAUCAUAGCAACCAGGCCCAGAACCAGAUGUGCAAGGAUUAUGAAGUGCGCUUCUACUGCAACUGCGAACUUGUCACUGUUGGUACCUCGAGUAUCGCACCAACAGUCAGUCCUGGAGUCACACCCGCCUUCAGUGGCGCAACCCCAGAUAAGACAGGCGGAGUACCCGGCAGCUCCUCUCCCACCACCCCGGGAGUGUCUUCAAGCACGGUUACGGGUUCAGUCACCCUGACCUGCAAGAAGACUGGCUGGACCCAGUGGUUUAACACGCACAGCCUGGACAGCCAGGGCGACAUCGAGUCCUUGCCCGACAUCAGGAAGAAGGAGGACAUCUGUCCGGAAGAAUAUACUACCCAGGUGGAGUGCAGGCGGGUGGGAGACAUGCAACCUCUCACCCAGACCGAAGACCUUCAGAUGGUGUGCAAUACCAAAGCUGGGUUAGCGUGCUUUAACCAGCCUCAGGGCGCGAAGUGUCCUGACUUCGAGAUGAGAGUAUACUGUGACUGCUCACAAGAAACUACGACCACGCCUACAAUAACUCAGUCACCUCCGACACCAGCGCCUACUCUGCCCUACACGUGCACGCAAGGAUGGUCGGCCUGGAUGAACAUUGACUCGCCGACUGACAUGCGCAGCUCGGAAAGCCAGGGCCCAGGCGACUACGAACUGUUGUGGGAGCUGCGCCAGUACUACAGCUUCUGCGAACAGCCUCGCGCCAUCCGCUGUCGCAGCACACUGACGCAGCAGCCGUACCACCGCAAUCAGGACACUGUCAUCUGCGAGUUGCCCACCGGUCUCAUCUGCCUCGACAGCGCCGCCACCAGCGGUCUAUGCGACGAUUACGAAAUCAGCGUUGAGUGCGACUGCGGCCAAGGCGUCCCAACAGCCCAACCGUCAGCUCAACCGAAUAUAACGCCGAUACCUGGUCAGCCCUGGAGUCCAGUGCCGUCCUGUCAAUGGACAGUUUGGAUGAACUCGGACAUUCGCACUCCCGUUUCACGCGGUGACUACGAGACCAUUGCUAACUUGCGCCUGACCUAUCCUUUCUGUGAGCACCCGGUGGCAAUCCAGUGUCGCGUGUCACCAACCUCAGCCAACCCGAAUGGUAUCCCAUUCGACGUAGCUAAACAAGUAGGUGUAACGUGUGACUUGAACCAUGGCCUCGUCUGCUUGGACAGCGAACAGCCAAACGGCGUUAAAUGCUUCGACUAUCAAGUGAGGUUCCACUGCGUUGAUGCAUGCACAUCAUCCACUCUCUUCCCACCCAGUUACACUGGAGAGACCCCUUCGCCUUAUCCAUUAUGGUUCACAGGCCAGACUCCGACAGCACAUCCUGAUGAACACUCUGAUGAAACACCAACUCCCGGAUUCCCACCCGUAUAUAGCGGAGAAACACCAUCUCCUUACCCUCCGUGGUACACAGGCCCAACUCCACAUUCAGUUGGUCAUUCGGAGCCGUAUACAAGAACUACUCCCGUCAUCAGUCAAGAAACUACGGUACCUGUGGUCGUCGUAACCCAAAUGGUGUGCGAAGACUCGUUGGGUGUCAGAUCCCCGAGUGUUAUUACCCGUGAUCAGAUUGCAGCCUCGUCUUCAUUCGACGCCUCUCACGAAUCGUACAUGGGGCGGCUUGAUGCCAAGUCUGCAUGGAUGCCAAGGUUUAUGGAUACUGAUCAGUGGAUACAAGUCGAUCUAGCAAAGCCAGAAUUUAUUACUGGAAUAGUAACUCAAGGUCAUCCUACAAUGCCAUAUUGGGUGACCAAGCUCACAGUGUCAACAAGUGUGGACGGAGCUGACUUUACUCCGGUCAGUCAAGAAAUGCAAGACAUCCCUACUAUCUUUGCGGCUAAUAACGACAAUCAAACGCCAGUACACAUCCAUUUCACCAAAGAAAUAGCAGCUCGCUUUGUUAGAAUUUAUCCAACCGAAUGGGAAAAAAAUAUUACUCUACGACUGGAUCUCCUUGGUUGCGGACUACUGACUACAUCAACACCCCCAACAAAUCAAGAAUCUCCUACACCGUAUCCACCAUGGUACACUGGUGAAACGCCUUCACCUUUCCUCCUGGAGUCAGCGGAAACACACCAACACCAUAUCCACCAUGGUACACUGGUGAAACGCCUUCACCUUACCCUCCUGGAGUCAGCGGAAACACACCAACACCAUAUCCACCAUGGUACACUGGUGAAACGCCUUCACCUUACCCUCCUGUGUCAGCGGAAACACACCAACACCAUAUCCACCAUGGUCACC